UGCAACUCACUGGUGGUGAGUAGGGUGGUCAUGCUUCUUCUUGGCUUAGCAUGUGCCUGGAAAUAUCUGCCACAGAGUCCAUUUCCAACUCCUCACUACGAGCAUAGAGUCGUAUUUUUCAAGCUGUAUUCGGGGGAUAUGUAUCAAAAUUGUUUCAACGUCACUCAAACCCUGGGAGGAAACACACUGGUUCCUGCUUCUGUGAGGACGCGGCAUCUGACUGAGUAUGGCCUGUGUCCGCGGUGCAGGGUUUUUGGUGGCUUUUCGCACACCCACUGGUAACCGAUUCCUGCAAUCUCAAAAGGAGCGGAAGUUAGGGUUUCAAAUCAUACGCAUCAGUUGUGAGUGUUUAUGGAGAAAUUAGCUGCAGGCAGCUGUUGUUGAAGAAGAUGUGUGAUUGAUUGCGCAUGACGCAGGAACCGAGAAUACUAUGUGAAGAUGAGGGUUGGUAAAUCAAAGAAGCUCUUUCACUUCCUCAUUGACACAGGUAGCCAGCCUUCAUGGCUUCACUGCAAGUGGCCAGCAAUUGAGAAGCAUCCUGUUGCAGGACCCAACGGAAUGUACGUGCCAGAGAAAGAGGUUCAGGUUGAUUGCCGAUCACCAGAGUGCUUGAGCCUCCAGAGGAUACCAUCGAACUUCAACAACAUUCGCAACCUUUUUCCAUGCAAUGAACCAAACGAUUGGCGAUGUACGUAUGAUAUCACAUACCUCGACAGAUCACAUCUUCGUGGUUUCUAUGUUCAAGACGUGGUGUCACUGGCGACGCUGGAGGGUGAGCAGCUGGAUGCAAAGAUAACCUUGGGGUACGCAACACCAAACCAUCGUGCAGCUCCGUUUGGAUUGUGA